GCCAUUAUUCUGAACCUUGGCUGCCUUCGCGUGCGGUUCCGUGUCAUCUCUGGGCGUCCCUGACGCCCAGGCGACGGUACCCAAAGCCGGAGGCGCAGCGGGAAUCCCCGCGACAUUGGACACCCAUCGAGAAGACAGCACCUCCGAGCUUCCUAGAGAGGCCGGCCUGGCGACUUGGGAAGCCGGAAGCCCGUCUCGAGGCACUUCCUGUCCGGUCAUUGUUCUCGCGCCGGCAGGCGCAGGGCGUCGGAUCUUGCUGGCCUUUUGCUAUAGAGCUUGCGAGCUCCGACCGAGCCUCUUCGAUGAACACGUAGACAGUCUGCAUCUUGUCCCUGGGAAGAAACUCAAGAAGCUUUGGAAACGUAAAGAUUAGAUGGGGCUUGACCUUUACAGGGCAAGCCCCCAUCUAUAAGAGUUCCCGUCCUGAGCAAAGAAGAUGACUGCACAACUGAGAGAGGCCAUGGCCUUAGCCCCGUGGGGCUCAGUGAUAGUGAAAAAGGAGGAGGAAGAGGAAGAAAACUUCCUGGGUCAGGCAUCCAGCCAACAAGUGCACUCUGAGAACAUCAAAGUCUGGGCUCCUGGGGAAGGGCCUCAGACAGGCCUUGAUGUAUCAAAACAGGAAGAAAAGGGUCCAAACAUGUUCUGGGACAUGGCUGUCAUCCUAAAAGCAACACAGGAGGCACCUGCUGCCUCAGCCUUUGGCAGCUACUCACUACCAGGGACUCUGGCCAAGAGUGAGAUACUGGAGACUCAUGGGAUCAUGACCUCUCUAGGUGCUGAAACUAAGAACCCACAGUUACUGGUUCCAAAAACUGAGAAAUGUGAUGAAGCAGAAAAACCGUUCAUAAAAUCAGGAAGAAUCCAGAAAGUUAAUCCUCAAGGACUUGAGUUAGGAGAAGCCUGUGUAAAAGGGAACAUGUUAAAGAGGCAGAGAAUUAAGAGGGAAAAGAAAGAUUUCAGACAUGUGACAGUGAAGGACUGUCUUGUACCUGAAAGCCUCAAAGUAGAGGAAGAUCAGAAAUGUCAGAAAUCUGGGGAAAGAUAUAGCCUCACUUCUAGCUCUGUUAAAAAUCAGAAAAGCCAGCCUGGACAGAAACCUUUUACAUGUAGUGUGUGUGGGAAAGGCUUUAGUCAGAGUGCAAACCUCGUAGUGCAUCAGCGAAUCCACACAGGGGAGAAGCCCUUCGAAUGUCAUGAGUGUGGGAAAGCCUUCAUUCAGAGUGCAAACCUUGUUGUACAUCAGCGAAUCCACACUGGACAGAAACCAUAUGUUUGUUCAAAAUGUGGGAAAGCCUUCACUCAGAGUUCAAAUUUGACCGUACAUCAAAAAAUCCACUCCUUAGAAAAAACCUUUAAGUGCAGUGAAUGUGAGAAAGCCUUCAGUUAUAGCUCACAACUUGCUCGACACCAGAAAGUUCACAUUACAGAAAAAUGCUAUGAAUGUAACGAGUGUGGGAAAACAUUUACUCGGAGCUCAAACCUCAUUGUCCACCAGAGGAUCCACACUGGGGAGAAGCCCUUUGCCUGUAAUGAUUGUGGCAAAGCCUUCACCCAGAGUGCAAAUCUUAUUGUACAUCAACGAAGCCAUACUGGUGAAAAGCCAUAUGAGUGUAAAGAGUGUGGAAAAGCCUUUAGUUGUUUUUCACACCUUAUUGUGCACCAGAGAAUUCACACUGCGGAGAAACCUUAUGAUUGCAGUGAGUGUGGAAAAGCCUUCAGUCAGCUGUCUUGCCUCAUUGUGCAUCAGAGGAUUCACAGUGGAGAUCUUCCUUAUGUGUGUAAUGAGUGUGGGAAGGCCUUCACGUGUAGCUCAUACCUGCUUAUUCAUCAGAGAAUUCAUAAUGGGGAAAAGCCUUACACAUGCAAUGAGUGUGGCAAGGCCUUCCGGCAGAGGUCGAGCCUCACUGUGCACCAGAGAACCCACACUGGGGAGAAGCCCUAUGAGUGUGCCAAGUGUGGUGCGGCUUUCAUUUCUAACUCGCACCUCAUGCGACACCACAGAACCCAUCUUGUGGAGUAACAAGUACUUGUUACUCCAGGCAUUAAUCAUAAUCCACUACACCCUAAUUGAACACGUCUUUGCUGUUUUGUACCUCUGUAAAAAUGAGGCCAACCAUGUUCUUAAAAGUAACAGUUUUCAGGAGUGCAUCCCAGAACAUACGCAUUUCAGAGGCUGACUUGAGUGAAAGCUAAGCGCCUAAAGGCAAGGACUGUGUUUUUAACUGUACCCUCAGUGGUUAUCAUGUUUGAAAUGGAAUGUGGCUUUCUUAGAAAUGGGUCAUACAAAGCUAAGUGAUAAAGAUCCUAUUUGAGGAAAGGUAUUUUAACUCAAUCUUGUUUUUUAAAACUCCUCAUUUCUUGAGCAACAGGCAGGUUAUUGGUAUAGGUCUGCUUGGUGGGAUUCUGGGGCUUCGAAUCUUGUACUCUAGUUAAUUUUGGGUUAAGAACUAAUGACUAGUUAGGGAAACUACUUGGGGUAGCAAUUCAACAACUCACCUGUGAACAUUUAUAAGCUUUCCAUUUCUUAGGCAAUUUAAACAUUAAAAGAAAAAAACAAAACAUUA